UAAAAUGAUAAGAUAACAACAAGUUUUUUGGUCAACUAACUGUCAGUAAUUGCAAAAACAUCGUAAAUAAUGAAAGUUAAUUUCUUUCAAUUUUUAUACAUUGUUUUGAUGUAUGGCUCCUUUGUUACUAACGCCACAAUGAAACACCUAAUUCCUCGCAUCAUUGGUGGUUCAGAUGCAUAUGCAGGUCAAUUCUCAUUUGCUGCUGCUAUUAGCGUUCAAACUUCCGAUAGCAAGUUUUUCUGUGGGGGAACAUUGGUUACUAAUCAGUGGAUUUUAACUGCUGGGCAUUGUGUUAACAAUGCCAACCUAUUUACUAUUCAAGUAGGUUCAAAUUUUCUGAAAGGUGAAGACCCAAAUCGUGUUGUGGUUGCUACUUCAGAUUAUGUACUUCAUCCAGAGUUUAACUCUGCAACUCUUGAAAAUGAUAUUGGUUUGAUCAAACUUCGGCUUCCAUUAGAAUUGACAAAUUAUAUUAGAUCAGUUCAACAUUUACCAUCUGCUCCUUUGCAAGUUGGUAUCAAUGUUAUGGCACUAGGAUGGGGACAAGUGAGUGAUGAAACUUCUGAUUUGGCCAAUGACUUAAAAUGGGUUUCCGUUACGUCAAUUUCUAACAACGAAUGUAAAUUAACUUAUGGAAACCAAAUCACGGAUAGAAUGGUUUGUGUAGCAGGAAAUUACAACGAAGGACCUUGCAUUGGCGACAGUGGAGGCGCAAUAAUCCAUGUAGUAAGUCGAGGACAAAUGGUUCUUACUGGAGUUUCAAGUUUUGUAAGUGGAAAUGGGUGCGAAAGCACUGAUCCUUCAGGCUAUACAAGAGUUUAUCCUUAUCUCAACUGGAUUCAAAAUGUAACACAAUCAUAAUUAACGAAAUAAAUUGAUUUAAAACUAAUUCUUUUAUCACAAAUUCUUCUUCGGGGAUUAAAAGGGGUUUACACGUGCAUUAACGGUGCAAAAAAUUCCAAAACCGAUAAGAUAAAGUAAUAAAA